AUAUUUUUCACCCCCACCCCCCCUCUCCCCUUUCUCCUCCUUUUUAUACCUCCUCAUCCACACAAAAAUUUUUCCUGCUUGCUUUUAUUCAUUGCAUGGACUUCAUCCUCCUUCUCUAUUUACACUUUCCCUUUUUUCUCUUCUCCAUACCCAGUCAACAUCCAUUUUAUGAUCCAUAUUUCUCAAUAAACAAAACCCCACCUGGAGCUCUAUAAACAUUCGCUUUUCAAAACUCAAAAACUAUCAAAAUUAGGAAGUUGUAGUUUUUUUCCUUCUUUUUUUUUGUUUCCAGGCUUAUGAUAUGGACUCUCAUGCGAUGAGCAGCGAAAAUGAGCCAUGGACAGAUGAGAAGCAUGCGAACUUUUUGAGUUCCAUGGAGGCUUCUUUCGUACAAGCCAUGUUUGGAAACAAUGGUGGUCUUGUUCUUCGUCUGGACCGUCACUUGCCUGACAGUUCCGAUUCAACCUUGGAUUCGAAACCUCAGAGAAACAAAAAGCAUGGUAUUUCAGAUCUUAUUUGUAAAAGAAGCAGAAGGGACGGUAGAACUGGGAAGAGAACCAGGAGAGUAAUGCCAUCUCAGCCGUUAAAUUCAUCAGAAGAUCAGGUGGUCCCACAGUUUGAAAACAGAAGACUUGGUGAUAAAGAUGAAGAGAGAGAGCCCCCAAUCGUACCACUGCCACCUGCCACCUGAUCAUGGAAAGGAUGUCCCCAAAAAAAAAAAAAAAAAAAAAGAAAAAGAUUCUUUUCUUGUAAUUGGGUUUUUUCCUUUUUUUUUUUAUUUUCUUUUUUUUUCCUUUUUUUUAUUUUUCUUCUGCUUUUGUUUUCUUUCAUUUUCUUUUGUUUUUGAAGUUCGUUGUAUGUAGUUGUAAUUGUACAGCAGUUGGUGAAUGGUGAUGAUGACAAUGCCUGCUGAUAUUUUCUUUUGUACAGGAAAUAUUGUAGCCUUAGUUGGUUUGUUGAUCAAAAUGACCAGUCACCAAAAUACCCAUGUAAUAACUACUUCAUGGGUGCUUUUCUUUAAAGGCCAGAAAUUUAAUUUUAGGUUUUCCUCUUUUUUU